GCUGGUCUUGGCUAUGAUUGGGCCGUCAAACCAAUUUUAGCUGCUGGAGUUAGCAUCAAUUUCCGAGAUGUUUGUGGUUGGACUGCUCUUCAUUGGGCUGCAUUCUGUGGCAGGGAGCAGACAGUUGCUAUCCUUGUUUCUCUGGGUGCUGCUCCUGGAGCAUUGACAGAUCCAUCUCCGGAAUUUCCUUUGGGGAGAACACCUGCUGAUUUGGCUUCUGGGAAUGGACAUAAAGGAAUCUCUGGUUUUCUUGCGGAGUCUACUCUUACCAGUUAUCUCGAAUCCCUUACAAUGAAUGAUCCGCAGGAAGAUGGCACCUCUGAAGCUUCUGGAGCAAAAGUCGUGCAAACUGUUUUAGAGCGAACAGCAACUCCUAUAAAUGAUAGCGAUGUGCCAGAUGUACUUUCACUGAGAGAUUCACUUACUGCUGUCUGUAAUGCUACACAAGCUGCUGAUCGAAUACAUCAAGUGUUCAGGAUGCAGUCAUUCCAACGAAAGCAGUUGACUGAAUAUGGUGAUGAUGAAUUUGGUAUAUCGGAUGAGCGUGCUGUUUCACUUAUUGCUGCCAAGACACGCAAAUCUGUACAAGGUGAUGGGCGAGCUCAUGCUGCUGCAAUACAUAUCCAGAAAAAGUUUCGUGGUUGGAAGAGGAGAAAAGAAUUCCUCUUAAUUAGGCAAAGAAUUGUUAAAAUCCAGGCUCAUGUAAGGGGACACCAGGUAAGGAAACAAUAUAGAGCAAUUGUUUGGUCAGUAGGGAUUCUGGAGAAGGUUAUUCUGCGUUGGAGACGCAAAGGAAGUGGGCUACGAGGAUUUAGACGAGAUGCACUCCCUAAGAAUCCAGAUCCUGAAUGCAUAUCCCCUAAAGAGGAUGAUUAUGAUUUUCUAAAAGAAGGAAGAAAACAAACUGAGGAGAGGUUACAAAAGGCCCUUACCAGGGUGAAGUCCAUGGUUCAGUAUCCUGAAGGACGUGCACAAUACCAGCUGCUAACUGUUGUUGAAGAGUUCCGUGAAAAUAAGGCAUGUGAUAUGGCUGGGAACAGGACAGAAGAAACAGGCGAAGGUGAUGAAGAUCUUAUCGAUAUUGAUUCACUUCUGGAUGAUGACACUUUCAUGUCUAUAGCAUUUGAAUGAGCAAAUGUUGUUUGAUUUAUGUUAUGUACAUAUAUAAAUUACUUCAAUGGCAAGGGUAAAUGGGGGUUCUAACUUAAUUUUGUUUGUACAUAUAUAUACCGAACUAGCAUAGGUGAAUAAUAUCGUGUUACUGUGGGUUUGCUCCUCCAUAUUGCUAGCGAGUUGAAUCUAUAUUUUAGUGUUUCAUAUUUGGUUCCCCUUUUUGAUUGAAGGGACGUGGAGUAGUGUUUAUCUCAGAACAGUUUUUGUGGAAGAUUUAUUGGUUUGAUUGUUCUUUAGAA